AUGGGGAGAUUUCAGAGACUGCCUGGCAUUGGCCCGGUAGUCCGACAUGUGGUGAUGGCCUUGCUCCUGCUACACCUGCUUUUCCUUGGGGAUGUUUCAAUUACCAUUGUUGCAGCAGGAGGCACGAGUUCCCCAGGAGUAACGGCAGUGGGCGGAGAUGCGCGUGCUGAUAAACCGGCUGUGCAGGAUGGCAUUGCUCUGACUGGCGGGACGGGGGCUAAGUCUCAGUCCGCAACUGCUAGCGGCGGUGCCGUCUCGGCUGAAGAGCGUGAGAAGGAGAAUUUGGAACUGCUUCGCACCCUAAUGGUUGAAGCAGAUGUAACUGAGUCGGAGAAAUUGUCCGACACCCAAUAUUUUUUGGGACCUAUGGUCAAGAAAAUCAAGCGACACUUCCUGAUAGACUUCUGUGCAAUGGUGCUGUUGUUUGUUGGAGUUGGGGAAACCCCUCUGGGGGCUGAGUGCCUCGUUAUGGCAUGCGUAGUUGAAAUGACGCUUGAAAUGUCGGGGCCAAAGCUGGAAACCAACGCUGCUUCCAAAUCCAGGCCUCUCCUCCAGGCGUUGCUUUUUCGCUUGUGCUGA